UGUGAGCAACCUUACUUUGGGGUCCGGAAUGAAAUAAGCGGAAGAGCCGACAGCGGUCUGUCAGGGAAGAAACAUUUGCAGAAUUUGACACAAAGAAGCCUAAGGAUCUAAAACAAGUUUUAUAUUUCGAUAUAAACGUAUUUUCCAGUCCGCUGCAAUGAUUCUGCUAGAAAUCAACAACCGGAUUAUAGAAGAGACGCUGACGUUGAAAUUUGACGGCGCAUCCAAUGGGACAAAACCAGAGGCAGUGGAGGUGACAUUUGCAGAUUUCGAUGGUGUCCUCUACCACAUCUCCAACCCCGAUGGGGACAAGACCAAGCUGAUGGUCAGCAUCUCCCUCAAGUUCUACAAGGAGCUGCAGGAGCACGGAGCUGAUGAGCUGCUGAAGCGGGUCUAUGGGAACUUCCUGGUUUCACCCGAAGCGUGCUACAAUGUGUCCCUGAUCUUUGACCUGGAUGCGGUCCCGGCCAACAAGGAGGAAGUGAUCCACCAGGCGGGCAUGCUGAAGAGGAACUGCUUCGCCUCUGUGUUUGAGAAGUACUUCAAGUUCCAGGAGGAGGGCAAGGAGGGAGAGACGAGGGCCGUGGUCCACUACAGAGACGACGAGUCCAUGUAUCUGGAGGCCAAGAAGGACAGAGUGACGGUGGUGUUCAGCACAGUGUUCAAAGACGACGAUGAUGUCAUCCUUGGGAAAGUGUUCAUGCAGGAGUUUAAGGAGGGUCGGCGAGCCAGUCACACUGCCCCCCAGGUUCUGUUCAGCCACCGGGAGCCGCCCCUGGAGCUGAAGGACACUGACGCCGCCGUUGGAGACAACAUCGGCUACAUCACCUUCGUCCUGUUCCCACGUCACACCAAUGCCAACGCCAGAGACAACACCAUCAACCUCAUCCACACCUUCAGGGACUACCUGCACUACCACAUAAAGUGCUCCAAGGCCUACAUCCACACACGUAUGAGGGCAAAGACUUCUGACUUCCUCAAGGUGUUGAACAGGGCUCGACCCGACGCUGAGAAGAAGGAGAUGAAGACCAUGUCGGGCAAGACGUUCUCCCGCUGAGGCUGGUCCACACGUGCACUCUGACCCCUGGACAUGCCCAAUCGUGCCACACUGAGACUCGACUCCACAUUGGACAGGAUCACAGGCCCCUAAAGCCCCGCCCAGCGCGUGUCCAUCCUGUGUCUUUUUUAAAUAAAGUUGUCUCUUUGAAUAAAGUUGUCUCUUAGUAGAAAUCGAGGCUUAAAAAAAUAAAAAGGGCAUUCCUUGCUUUGCAUAGUUAAAAGAUAAUUAUUAGUCCUAUAUAAAUAUAUAUAUAAAAAAAUAUGAUGUUUUGAUACGAUAUCUUUUACUCCAUUUGGUACUGUUACCUUGCUCCCUCCCUCCCUCCCUGGUGGUGUCCAUAACAUCAGAACCCCUCUUUCUCCCCACCUCCUCUCUAUGCUUCCAUGUUGUCUGUACCAUUGUCAUUGGAAAAAUAAACCAGUCUUAUAAAAAUCA